AUGCGUGUAGACCCACUCCCGACUCCCAAGUCCCUCCCGGAGGAGGUCGGGGGAAUAGAGAAGCAGCUCAUCACGCGUGCCGUUACAUUCGACCAGCUGGUGAGCGAGAUCCGCGGAAUCUAUGCUGCACUUGUGAAGGCAGAGGACGUCUGUAUUAAAGAAGUCUCCGACUCGGAUCGGGAGGGCGUAACCUUUACGGAUGAUAGAUGGAAGUCGCUCGUGAAGCUACACGAAGUUACGCUCUACGAAUUCUGCGACUUUUUCUUCGCAACCAACCAUCCCGUCGCGGCGGCAUCAGACCAGUUAAAGAAUGUGGUUACUAAAUAUUCUAUGCCAGCCCGUCUUUGGCGUCAUGCCAUCUAUCGGCUGCUCGAUCUCAUGCGCCGGAACCUUCCCGGCUCGCAGCCCCAUAUGCUCCGGUUCGUGUCACUCGCCUUUAAUAUGAUCACCGUGCUCUAUGAGAACUCCAAGGAUCUUUGCGACGUCUGGGCUGAGUGCCUCGGAGACCUCGCACGGUUUAGGAUGGCCGUUGAAUCGGAAUCCGCCGAGGAAAGAAGCCUCUGGAUCGAGGUCAGCAGAUAUUGGUACCAGCGCAGCAUAGAUCUCACCCCUGGCAUCGGUCAGAGAUAUCAUCAUAUCGCCAUCCUUUCGAGGCCCGGGCUCUUGGGACAACUCUUGUUUUUCACCAAGAGUUUCUGCACCAAGACUCCGUUCGCGACUGCGAAGGAGACUAUUAUGACGCUCUUUACGCAGGUGGCCCAGGGGAAGACAGAAGGGUCUCUUGCUGUGGAGAUAGCCCUUGUGAAGACGUAUAGUGCCUUGAUUCAAGAUGGAAGCGAUGGAGAGUUUGAAUCGAGUCUUGGGGAAUUCCUCAAGGAACUUGAGAGAAGCAUUGGGCCCGUAACCGAUGAGAAUAAACAGUUCAGUUACCGCUUGGCCAUAAUCAACGUCCACGGCCUCCUCAACUUCUGCUCUCCGCAAAACCCCCUAACGUCUGCUCUCGUAACCAUCCCCUCACCUCCAGGCACCCCCAGCCUUCCCAUCGAAAGGUCCCUCGAAGCGCACAACCGCGCCUCCGCUCGUGCAGUAAGGCUUACAACCAGCUGCCUAAACACAAUACUCCGCCACGGGGCCGCGGCCACGUCCGCCACGUCACCCUACCUACACGUUCUGCUCGCCUUCUUGGCGAGCGCGGCCCAACACCCAAAUAGCGGCGGUCUCCCGAUGACGCAGCUCUACUCGCAGCUCAACCGGGAUUUGCUAACUGGCACUCUCAGCGUCAUGCGCGGCAGGCUGCUGUCGACGAAUGAGGGGUACGCCAAGGUCGUGGCCAGUAAUACGUUGCCCCGCGUCGAGCUACGGGAGAAGGUGAGCUGCGACAUGAAACCUUUGCCUGAGGACUAUUUUAUUAGGGGCAGUGUUUGGGAGGACUUGUAUUUCCCGGCCACGUGGUUCGACAAUGAUUCGAGGGACUACGAUGAGAGGGUUAGUGUAGAAGGGGAAUGGAUGGAUUUGCAGAGGGAGAUUCGAUGCGUUUGGCUCGGGGGAAGACUUAUUCAAAAGAUAGGUUGGUGA